AUGGUAUGGAAUUUAUUGGGUUUUUUGGGUAGAGUACUAGCUGUUGGUCAUGAGGAUCAAUUAGGUACUUAUACAAUGCAAAACUUUUGUUUAACAGUUUCACCAGCAUUUAUUAUGGGUGGUGUUUACUUUAUUUUUGGUCAAAUGGUUGUUAUUCAUGGUAGUGAGUUCUCUAUUCUUCCUCCAAUGUGGUAUUCUUACUUUUUUAUCACCCUUGAUGUUUGUACUAUUUUGAUUCAAGCUGCUGGUGGUGGUAUUUCUGCUUCUGGUUCUGGUGGUAAUCUUGGUACUACUCUUAUGAUUAUUGGUGUUGCUACUCAAGUUGCUUCAAUGAGUAUCUUUUUGUUCUUCUGGUUUGAAUUCUUAAUUAAAUGUUAUUUCAAAUAUUCUAAACAAGAUGGAAGUAGAGGUCCUUUAACAGAAAGAAGCUUUUCCAAUUUCAUGAAAUUGUUAUUUAAUACUCCUUCCACAAGAGGUUACAGAGCCAAUUAUUUGGAUGAAAAAUACGAUAGUAGAUACUAUAAAAUUCGUCAAGGUCGUCUUUUUGGAUGGUUCCCAUUAGCAAUUACAAUUGCUGUUGUUGCUGUUUACAUCCGUUGUGUAUACAGAGUUGUUGAAUUAGCACAAGGUUGGGGUGGUUAUUUAAUGACUCACGAAAUUUACCUUUUGGUAUUGGAUGCAUCAAUGAUAACAAUAUGUGGUUUGGUCUUUAUUCCUUUCCAUCCAUAUUGGGUUUUGGGUAAAGAAAAUAUCCUUAAACGUUCAGCACUUAAAAAUGCUACUAAGGCAAACAAAUCCAACUUUGAUGACGGUUACGAAUUAUCUGAUAGAAUGAGUUCUUAUUAG